UGGGCGCCGCGGGGCGCCCGGCUGGCGGGGCUGUACGCCGAGCUGCUGCGGGAGCUCGAGGCCCAGGCGGCCGAGCUGCGGCGGGCGCUGGCCUCGCGGGACGAGGCCGCCCUGCGCCGCGACCGCCGCCUCCGCGAGCUGGAGCUGGAGAACCGGCAGCUCAAGAGCCACAUCCGUCGCCUGGAGGAGGAGAACGACCUGCUCUCGGCUGGCGCCGGGGCGCCCGCUGCCGCCAGGACCCUGCUGGCCUCGGGCGCCGGCUGCAUCGGCGUCAGCGACGGCGACGUCCAGUUCCUCAAGGGCCUGGUGAGGCUGCUGGAGAGCGGCGCUGCGGCUCAGGUCGGGGGGCUCCAGCCCUUCUCCGGCCCCGGGGAGCAAGGCUGCGCCGCGGCCGACGUGCCGCGGAGCCCCCCGGCCCGGCGGCUGCGGGCAGGGCUGCCCGGCGGCGUCACCCCCUGUUUGGGCACCGAGGAGGGCGCCGGGAGCCCGGCGGCGCUCACCGACUCCGCCUGCCUCUGGGAGGAGAGCGGCAGGGACACGCUGCCCGACGGCACCCCGCUCUGGGCCUCGCCAGUGGAGGAGAACGGGAGGCCCAAACUGGAGCUGGUGCCCAACUCGGGUGUCUACAUCACCCACCCGCAGCUGGACGACCUCUCGCAGGUCUCCACGGACAAGCCCAAGCUCAUGACGCGGCGGCUCCUCGACUACUUCUUCUCCCGGGAGACGCUGGCCCGGUCCUCGGCCACGGGGCAGCGCAUCGCCCACAACAACACCACUAUGGAGCGGCCCCUCCGCCUCCCGGUCGCCGUGGUCAGCGCCAUCAAAGAGUACGUCACCAAGAUGUGCGGCCGGGGCUGCAACUUCAACGCCGUCAUCAACAGCAAGUGCGGCACGUCCCGGCGGGCCGUCAAGAAGAUGGUCGUGAAGAUGGACUGAGCCAGGACCACGGGACGGCCCUGGCGCUUCAGCCAGCUCGACCGUCGGGAGGCUGAGCCUUCCAGCGCAGCUGCUGCGGAGAGGGGACGGGGAGGGACGUGCUCUCCCUCCGCCGGUAUGUGCUGGGGACCGGGGAACGCAGCCCUCGCGCUCGUGGACGGCUGCAGCUGCGGCUGUCGCUGGGUGUCACCGGGCUGGACCGGGGGAUUCACCCCUCUGCUACUGCCCCGGGGGCCGGCGGCUCGCGCAGUGCCAGCGCGGGGGACCCUUCCCACCCUCCGCCCAGCAGAAACCACAGCGGGAGGCGUCCCCCCGGCUGGCCCAGCCAUCCCCAUCGCCGAGGGAUCCGCGUCCGGGUGCCGGUGGCGCGUCCUGCUCCGUCGUCUGCGGGGAGCGGGGGCUGGCAGGGCUGGAGGGUGGUCGGAGCAGGGCGCUGCCGGGCUCCUGCAUCUUACCGCUGGGACGGAGGCAGCGUCCCGCUGCUGGAGCGAGCCGCGAUCCCCGGAGCACGGAAGCAGAGCCGGGGUCCGCGUGGCGGAGCUGCCUCCGGCUUGCUGGAGCUCCAUCCGUUCAGCCACGGCCCAGGACUGUUUUCUUGUAAAGAAGUUUGGUUCCGACGACUGUUUGGUUUCCUGUAAAUAAAGCUCCCUCUCUCUCUCCCCCCCA